GUGAAAGUAACAGACGGGGGCGGGUCCGCGAAGCGCUGACUGUCUGCACUUCAAAGAAAACUGCGAUUUGACUUACAGUGUCGCAACACGCCGAAGACGAGGAGUGGGCGGCGCGGACUUUUCUCUCCACAUAGCCACUUUUCGUUGUUGCCUCCAACUUUCAGUUGAGCCGGACUGCUGCUUUCGUGUAAGUCUCAAAGUUUCGAAAUGUCCAGCGACCUCAGGCCAAAGCUGUGCGUCUUAGAAAAAGGGGACAACGGCUACGGCUUUCAUCUCCACGGCGAAAAGAACAAGCCAGGUCAGUUCAUCCGGCAUGUGGAAGACGACUCUCCCGCCGCCGAGGCGGGUCUGAUGGCCGGGGACAAACUGGCGUUCGUGAACGGGGAGAAUGUGGAGGACGAGAAGCAUCAACAGGUGGUGUCCCGCAUACGAGGCAUCGCGGGCAAGCUGGAGCUCAUCGUGGUGGAUGCAGAGACCGCGAAUCUGCUGCAGAAGCACAACUUGAAGUGCAAGAAAGAGUAUGUGACCGACGGGAUACCGAUACCGAGCAGUGCCGCUGAAUCGGACCACGAAGAGGAGAUGAAGAACGGAACACCAAGGGAGUCCACCCCCGUCCCGGAGACAAAUGGGGAGAUACGCAUGGAAAGACUGAGCGUGAGCUCCAAGGAAUCAAAGAACGAGCUGCGUCCACGUCUCUGUCACAUGAAAAAGGGUGCCACCGGAUAUGGCUUCAACCUGCACACAGAGAAGUCAAAACCUGGCCAGUACAUCAGGGCGGUGGAUGAGGACUCCCCAGCAGAGAAAUCUGGACUUCGGCCCCAAGAUAAAAUAGUGGAGGUGAACGGCGUUCCUGUGCACACAAUGCAGCAUUCAGAGGUGGUGGCGGCCAUCAAGGCAGGAGGAGAUGAGACCAGACUGCUGGUGGUGGAUCCUGAGACAGAAGCGUUCUUCAGAAGCUGUGACGUCCUUCCGACUGAGAGUCAUCUCACAGGUCCUCUUCCAGAGCCCACUUCCAGCCGCGAUGCAGAAGAGCAGGUGAAUGGAAAAGCAACCCUAGAAGAAAAGCCUAAAGUAGCUAUGAGCUUGUCGACCUCCAGCACCUCCUCCAACACCUCCACUUCUGCAGCUCCGGCCAGCACCUCAGAACCGGAGGUUUGUGUCCGUUCUCACGAGCAUAUGCGUGAUGAGCACAGAAUGUUCAUUUUAAUGGCAAAACGUUUGCAGGAGAAACCAAACGCGAAGGCCUCGAGCGAUGACCCAGGGCUGUCUCUGAACCUGUCGCUGCAGCAGGCCAAGGAACGCGCUCACCAGAAACGCUCCAACAAGAGAGCUCCACAGAUGGACUGGAGCAAAAGAAACGAGCUCUUCAGCAACCUCUGAGCCUCCUUUGUGCCUCCCCCUCUUCCUCUCACCCUUUUCUUUUCAUCUGUUUUUCUUUACUUCCUCUCCCCCUUUACAAUUGCCCGUCCCAUCAUGCCUCUCUGCUCCUUUGUUCCCUCUUUCGGUACACUUGCACACAAUUAGAAACCCUUUCACAUGUAUAUUUUAAACCAGUGUUAUUUCGCCUGCGAUUUCUGAAUCAACUUUUGACUUGAUUUACCUCUAUAUCACUGAUAUAAGAUGAAAUAUAUGAUUUAACAUUACUGUAUAAUGUACAGACUAGAAUAUAAUUUUUUUAAGAAAGCUUAAAUGAUAUCCGAAGCAUAUCUUUAUAUUCUCUUACUUUGCGUACAGUAAUAUUGAUGCAGUAUUGAUGGCCCUUUGAGAGAGCGCUGCAUGAUGAGUUUCUUCAGGAGUAGUCUUAACCAGAGUUUUAAAGCAACUUUUAGAGCAUUGAUUUCUUUUUUUUUUGAUAUGUGUGGUUAUGAUCAGUUCAUAACAUUAAGUAUAGAAACUGCAGCCUUUCCAUUUUGUAAACGUGAGCUGUUUAUGGUUUGGGACCCAUUAACCACUGAAAUGAUAGCGUUUGACUGAGUUUAUACCGUUGGCUGAGAAACCUUCUCAUUAAAGGUUUUAUUUAAAGUGCUUGUAUAGUGCUUUUUAUACAGCGCAUGGUAAUAGUGGGAGUGAGUACUGGAUGUUUAAGCGUAUGUUUACUUGUAAAUCUCGCACUGUAUUUUAUCUCCAUACCAAAUAUUCACUUCACUCCAUUAUACACCAAUAAUAAUCAACUUUUUUUAAAAAUGGCUAAUCUGUUAUUACUGUAUUUAUAGUGUUGUACAAGAUAUCAGUGUCGAAAAAAGCAUCGCAAUACCCUCCUGUACUAUUUAUUGACAGCAAUUUAGUGAGAUGUACAUUAGGUCUUAAAGUGACAGCAGCCUAAUAAUCCUGCUCUCAAGGAUGACGUUAAUCAAGCAACUACAGAAAAUCAUUCACUGCUCUCGACUGGAAACUUUAGUAAGAAUCAUUGCAUAUUUCAUUAAUACAAAGACUAUGAAGAGUUUUAUUUUUAAAUUAGGUUAUUCAAUUUCUGUAGCAUGUCUUGCUUAAAUGCUAUUAAAUAGUUUGUACCUGAAAAAAGAAAGCACUCUUUAAUUUUUUUACCUUAAAUUUUUCCUGUUCGCGAUUUGCAAUAUUUAUUAUACAAGACAAAAUGCACCAAGACGGAAAACAACAGAUAAACGUUUAGUAUCCUUUUAAUUCAGUGUAAAAAUUUCUUCUUUUUUUUUUUUUUCAAAUUCAACAGAUACAUUUUCACAGCCAUGCGGAAACAGUUUGAAAUGCUUGUAAACAAAUUAACAUAAAAUUCAACCAACAAAAGCUUCCCCCCACAGUUGAACUAUAUACAUAUAAGCUAUCAAACCCCAUAUCACAGCACACAUCAUCAUCAUCAUCAGAAAUAAAGCAAAGACCAGAUACAGACUCUAUCAAAAAAGUUACAAACCCACCACCCUCACCUCUAUGUACUAUGAGGGUCAAUGUUAGUUCAUUUUUUUUAUUUUUUUUUUUUCAUCGUUAUAACAAAUGAUUUCGGCUACUUGUAUCCAAAAUACAGAUCUGAAGUUAGAAUCACCAGCUCUCCAACUUAUAAUUACAGACUUAAUUCUUCUUUUAAUAGACCUAAUGAAUGAGUUAUCAAAUAUAUAUAUAUAGCACCAUGAUGUGAUUACUGAGGACAAGAGGGAACGUCACAAAAACCCGUGUUAGUAUCGAGACCAGAACAACACUGGCCCUCAUAAGAUUCUCACAUUGCUGCAUGCACUGAUAAUCACUCUACUGGACAACAUAUUUUUCCUUUAUAUUUUGUAUUUGUAUUCCGCUUCUCUAUGUUUGACUCAAUAGCUUUACUUGUGUAAAGAAAAAAAAAAAAAACACAACCGAGGAUUAUAAGGCAUCGAUUCUGCUGACAAGAGAGUGUUUACUUAAAGGUGAAGUUGUGCGUUAGGGCUUAAAUUCAUUUGAGGGUAGCAGCUAAAUUUGCCUCAACAGUCAUAUUUUAAUUGCAAAUGAUUUUGGUCUUGUUAUUGUAAUAAAAAAAAAAAAAGAAUCAAAUUUAGCUGACAAGAGUGAUCGUAACCAGUGUGUACCUAAAUCCUGAUGCUAUGGAUGGGGGUUAUGAGGGGAAAAGAAAAUUGAAAAUUAUACAAUUUUCAUAAAGAAUAAGUAUUAAAAGGAAAAAGAAUGAACAUGACAAUAUUGAUGUGGUUGAUUUAAAAAAAUGUAGCCAUGAAGUCCAAGUUCGACAUUUACAAAUUAAAUACACAACAGUGCCUUACAUUUGGAAAACUACACAUGCUACUUAAGAAACCCAAAAAUGACAAAAUAGAUUCAUAAUGACUAAACAUCUGCUAAAACCGAUGAAGGAAAAGGGUAAAUUACAAGAUAAAGAGAAGGAAAUAAAAACACCUGCUUAAAAAAAAAAAUUAUACAUUGAAUCUUUAUACAACAAACCAUAAUUUAACAUGGAUCUAACUAUAACGUGGGUGACCAUUUACAAAAUGUACUCAGCAUUUGAUGAAUGCAAGCGAAGAUGAAGCAGAGGAAAACAACGACAUGGUCACAUUUGUCAGGAGCUUCAAAUAUUGGUAACAAAGUAGAACUGGAUGAUGAUUUUAGAAGCAAUAGCCGCGAACCUUCAAAUAAAGCAGAAGUCGAUGAGAUACGUUUCCUGAGAGUUCACCAACAACCUUACUGGUAUUGAAUAGAGCUUAUAGUUAUACUAAGAUAAACCACUAUGCAAAUGUUAUAUCGCUUGAUUCUAUAGGAUGUUAUAAAGGUUAUUUACACUCAGAACGAUCUAUAAGAGGGAAAGCUCAAGUCUAGCUCUUAGAAAAUUGUCACAGUUUUGCAAUAUAUUUUAAGAAUAUUUUGAUUUAAGUCUAUAGAAUGUAUCUAGCCUAUAUAUUUAUGAGCUGUGUGAUUUUUGUUUUCAGAGUAAGACAUCAUAAAACAACAGACAUUAUUAUUGCAUAACUUUCUUUUCCAUUUUAAGAACUCUGUCGAUAACAUGCUAUGAUACAAAUAUAAAUGAUGUGUAGACUUUUAAAGUGAAAUAAGCCAUGUGUCCCAAGUGUGGAUAGUUGCCAUUUGCAUAAAAUAUAAUGAAUAUACCCUUUCAAAUGGAGCAUGAAAACUACCUAUUGCAACCUUAGCUUGACCGAGGAUCCACAAGAAAUCCUCAACCUGUGUAUUUAAAACAAAAAACAAAACAAAUCACCUUUUCUUUUAGAGGUAGUAAAAAUGGUUUUCUUCUGGAAUGAAUGCUGUAAGGAAAAAAGCAUGGGGUAUGAUGCGAUUCCUUGCUGCUGCGCGAACAUAGAGGCUGGUAAACGAACAAGCUGGCGCUGUAUUGUUCAAAGACUCGCAAUACUUCUAGAAAGUAUACCAGAAGAUUCCUCUGCUGUGCCGUCAACAUCAAGGAUGACAGGAAGGUAGUGUUCAGGUAGCAGUGAUUGCUUACGGUUUAUUCGACGGCUCACAAAAUACUCUGACCGCCCGUAUAAAAAUGGCUCUUUAGAACAAAUUAAAACCAUAAACAUUGUUUUCAAAUAACUUUUUGUGUUUUUUUUUUUUGCAUAUCACAAUAUUCACUUUGACUUGAGCACAUCCCACUUCUAUAAUUAUGUUUGUUAAAUCACAAUAAUACAAUAAAGCUGCAGGUUUUCACUAUCGUUUUACAGGCCCAAACUUUUUUGUAAUCCCUGUAGUGCAAAUUGUGAGUGUUUUCCAUUAGUCUACUCUUCAUACCAGUAAGGUUUGAUUUCAAUACCAUCAUCCCUCAUUCCACUACUAUAUUUAUAUGUUUAAAUAUUUAUAUAUAUUUAUAUAUAUUUAUGUGUGUGUGUUUAAUAUGAAUGUCAUACAUAUAUGUAUAUACUGUCUCAAUAUAUAUUUUUACUACUCUUACCAAAUGCACACCCAUCCAGAACAAAUGAAACAGCGCGAGAAACACACAAGGUACUGAAAUCUUACCCCCGAAAACUUUUUUUUUCUUCUCACCAAAAGGGGAAAUAAAGAGCGAAAAAAAAGUGAAGAAAACUUCAAGUACAAUGAACACUGAGGAGAAAAAGUCCAUCGGGCAAUUUGUUUCAACGAAAAGUCAGGACGAAAAAAAAAAAAAAAAAAAAAACA